UUUUCAUUUCGACUAUCAUGUACAAAUUUUAGUGAACUCUGAAGACAUGAGAGAAUUAUGUGGGAUCACGCUGACGUGUCAACUAUAAUUUGUUCAACCAGUUAUUAAUGUUGAGACUUCUACUGUUAUUUGUUUAUGUUCCGACUUGUAGCCUCCCAGAAGAUUGUUACAACAAAAAGCAAUGCGGCUGCAGAGUUGUAAAGGUACCACAAUGCACUCCUCCUCCUCCCCCUACUUGUACUUCCAGAAGUACUAGUCCUUAUCCUUCCGAGUCUCGUUCGAGUAGGCCAGUCGUUCCAACAAGAUUUUGUGAGUUCCAAACGCGCCACAGCCUUCCUCCAACUUGCAAGAGGCAAGAUUUUGUCCCUUGUCGAUCUAACUCACGGCCUGCCAGUGCACUCGGCCCAUUAGUAACUCCAAUACUACUUCAAAAACGAAAUGAUUUAUCUAAGCAUAAAGUAGGGAAAAUUCGAGCAACAAAAUCUAUUACAAAAGAAAAGAAAACAGAAAAGAAAUCAGACAGUGCAUCAUAUACCAAACAGCCAAUGAAGACAAAUAAAGAAAACCAGGAAAAUGAGCCAAAUGCGGAAAAUUAUACCCCGAAAACAGAGAAAGUUGCAUCUGGAAAGGAAAAGACAACGAUGAAUGGAAUAAUGGAGCCACAAGACUGUGAAUACGCUUAUUUUUUGUUGAAAAUAACAGAAGACAUACUAAGAAACAAUAUAUACGAAGAUAAGGAGCUAACAAUACUAUUCCAGAGUCACAUAGAUGCUAACAAAGGACGUUUAGAUGAGGACAGAAUGCGUGCUCAAAUAGAAGAGUUAAAACGACAACUCUGCCUCCCAUUACAACGAAAAGACUUAUGCUAUUGUAACAAAGACGUACAAGCAUCGAAUUGCACGUAUCCAAAUUGUCAAGCAGAUUGCCUAUGUUCAAAUCCUUGUUGUCCUAAACAGGAUAAACAAACCGAUAAACAAGUUAAAGAAAAUCUUCCAAGUUUAGAGGAGAGGGAUGAAAAACCAGAGAUGAAGGAAAUGGAUGUAGAUGUAAGCGAACCAGUGAAGGACACACAACAACUAGAUGAGAUCGAAGAAGAGCCAGCACAAGGAAAAGAUGAGAAUGAAGAGGAAACCAAAUCGUGUGUGUGUGAAGAAAGUGUAACAUCGGGGCCAGAGCAAAAUAAACAGUCGGUUACGUCUCCGAUAUCACAGGGGAAGGGAUCACCUGUUUCGGCUUCAAGAGGCACUUUGGACGAGACUGUCGAGGCAAAACAGAAAGAAUCACCAAAACAAGAGAAAACAUGGGCAGAUUCUCACUUAGGUGGGAUUCAUUCAAUACAUAGUGUCCCAGAAACACAAGAACCGCUCAAUGAACUUAAUGGCAAAGGAGAAUGUACAGAGCCUGAACUUUGUCAGCAACCCCCUGAAAAAGACCCCAACGAGAAAAAUAAGCUGCGGAAGCCGCCAUCCAAAAUAUCUUAUUCACCUCCAUGCGGAACGAGUGUCAACAGUACGUACAAAAUGGUACCCAAAGAUCAGAAAGAUCGGUCACAAACAGUGUUUUAUCAUCUCGAUAAUUCCCAACAUUGCUAUUGUUCUGUUACUCUUCAGAAGACUGCGUUAAAGAUUCAAGUAGACGACACAAAUGAAGAAUAUGUUUUAGUUGAUGGGCCAGUAUGCAUGCCUCGUAGUAUGCUCGAAAGUAAAACGAUUACAGUUUUAAUACAAAAUGUAUCAUCAAUUGUGCUGAGCUCAUCUGAAACCUCAGGGGAGACUCAGCCGGAGAUCCUGUCACAAGUAAACUUGUUUCAACGUAGCAAUGGACCUCUCGCAGCAAAUAUGGACAGUAUAAGUGGUCAGCUUCAGAAACAAGGUAACGUUGGAUCAAACUCCAGCACCAAGAUGGAAAAGGAAUGUGCCAAAGAACCUAUUCUAAAAAAAGCAAUUAAAAACUAUGAAAACCAAAAAAGUUCCUUACCUUCAAAUAACAGCCAGGAUGAAGUUUCUCCUAAUGUUCAAACCCGUGAACCCUCUGAAAGAGAAGAACGUCCUCCUGCUACUAUCCAAGAAGAAUCUCAACACAGAAAGCCUCUACAAGACUGUGGCCCUAAAAAGUGUGGGGCGCAAUUACCAACAGUUUGUUCAGCUCCUUGUAGCGUAGUGCUGCCUACCCAAACAGAUAUUUCUUCCGCACCAAAACCUGACGAAAUGUCUAAUAAAGAUCGAACAGUCUCGGAUGUUAAUUUUGUUGAAAAAAAGAUAUCCUCAUCAUUAAAAAAAAAGGUUCCGUCUUCUGAGCAUGGUACGGGUGCUCAGGGUUCAACCGGCGACGAUCAAGUUGAAGCUAAAAAAUCAUCAAUGUCGACUGGAGACGGUUCUGACGAGAAGAGAAGUAUACACAGUACACAUGCAGAGGACCCAGUUUCUGGAGUGGGGAGCAGUGCGGUAUGUGAAGAAAAAAGCUCUGACAUUCUUCCUGGCGAUGCUCCGUCAAAAAAACGUUAUUCCGACUUUGCUAAAAAGUAUCACUACCUGUUAGUGGAUGCAAGCACGAGCACUUCUUCUUGUAAGGUGUCAUCUAUAUUGAAAAUGCCAUCUAAAUCACAUCGAGAUACACCGCCUCAACUUCUGCCAUCCCCACUUCAGUUAACACCACCUCAGUUACCACCACCACAGUCACUUUCACCUACAUCACCUCCACCUCAAACACCUCCUGAAGUAUCUCCAGACGAAUCACCUCGACAUAGUAACGCACAGAACGAAUAUAUGUUGUUGUUAAAUGAAGAGUACGAAGCAGACAAAGUCCAUUUGCAGUCACCACUGGAAACAGUGCAGCACGAGGAGGAAGAAGUUGAAAUGCCAACAACCUACAACCAACCCUAUGUGAGUGAAAUUAAGACAGAAUCUUCCGAAGCACCACAACCACCACCAGUUACAAACAUCGAUUAUUUUAAAUAUCCUUCUAUUUCACCAGGACAAGACCCAAACGAACUAACAUAUCCCGCAAGACGAACAAGCGAAUCUAUAAAUGACCGGAUGUCUGAUAUCGAAUCAUUUAGAAGACCAUCUCUGAUGAUAGAAGAUGAAGUUCGCACUGUCCAACCAAUGGAAUCGUAUAGCACUACUCCAACCCUUUUGAAGAAAGAGAGUCCAAGCAUGAGUUCAUCAGUUAUGCUAAAACCUCACGAGGGAUUAAAAGUGAGGUAUUCUAUGAGUCGAGACGUGCACGACCAGCCGCUGGGUCUAGUCCUGCAGUCGCCGGGUAAUCAAGAAAUCAUGAACAAACUUGAUGACCUGCCAAGCAUUGAUCAAGAUAAAUCAAAAGACGAUAACAUAGCUGCUAUAAAUGAAAAAAUGAAAGAAUUUAGAAAAAUCGAGGACGAUGAUAACGCAAAUAGGCGAUUUCAGAUUACUAACCCUGAAAAUUUUGAAAUUCGAAGGGUUUCUAUACUCGACCGAGGACAGGAAGAGGAAGAUGAAGACAAAUCUAAGAAGAAGAAAUCGACUUGUUGCGGUAUUGGCCAGAAAGACAAAAAGAAGAGGAGUCUUAUGAAUAACGCUCCUAGAGAGUCAACAAAUCCCACUUAGAAAUGACGGAACAUGGUUUCAAGUAACUGAGCUACCUUAUACGGUUUUUCUGUUUUUAGAUUUAUCAUUGUUGAAAAUAAAAUACUUAUGAAAGUUGA